CUUGCUCUCUUACUCUCUCUCUCUCUCUCUCUCUCUCUCUCUCUCUCACUCGACGGUGCGGCAAAAUGCUGAAACCUAACCCAUCUAUCGGAUGUCCGCGCUCAUUCUCAAUGCGGACGCCAUGCGAUGCGUAACGCUUACAUCAGAUCCGAAGCAAAGACGCGAGAGGUAGCGAACAUUACGGAUUAUCUCGUUAGUUUCGUCAGUAUCGUUCAUCCCUGUCUCUGAAUAUACCUCCAAAUUCGUGAGAUAGUUCGGUACAACCGGUUGGUGGUGCUUGUUCGAAAAACAACGAGAAAUUAAGUUCGGUGAAAGGUAGUGGUUAAAUUAUAAGAAAGAAAUUUCUUUUUUACAAGUUGGGAAAUACAUAGAUGUCAAAGAAAAAAGAUAACUUUAGAAGGGUGCUUUCUUGGAAAUGCUUUUCAUGAUGUCGACGACCGUCGUGGAGAAGAAUAGUCGGUGACCUCAUGCUUUACUUAAGUUGUGGCGACCGGCAGCGAGAUAAUUGGAUCUUGAAUCGGCCGGUCAACGUCACGUCUUGUUCGUAUCCUUCAUCUUCCUUAUUGAUGCCUCGGAAAUCCUAUUUGUGAGAUUAAGCAAGUAAAUUCGUGUUUUUCGUGUGAUAGUCCUGCGCCAACGAGUAGGAUAUCAAAAGAAGGAAUGUGAAAUAUCAAAUGGUUCGGUUGUUUCUUCAUUCAAUGUGACCCAAAUCCUCGAACAUCGAAUCGAAGCUUCGUCCGAUCGUCUGCCCUGACGAUCAUCGCCUUUGUUUCCGACGGGAGUGCGCGUUUUAUUUAUAAGUCCGUCAAUUAGCUCCGUCCUUGAGAGACAUUAGAGUCGAUGAGCGGCCGGACGACUCGGGCAACCACGCGAUACGACGACUUCACCCUCCGCAUGUCGCGCCGACAAACGUUCCUUCUACCUGAUCAAAAAGCUUUCCCACGAGGCGUCACGGCUCGUCGAUCGAAAGUAACGUUCGUCCCUGCGAGCUGACGACCAAAGAGAAAGAGGGAAGGUACGACGAACGAAACUGUAGAGUGAAGAUUAGAACUCGUUGAAAAGACGAAAAAAAAUUCACCUCGAAAUGACGACCAUGGGUGUAACGGUCUUCUGCAAUAGAGUUCAAAUAAAUGGAAAUGAUCAGGAACAGCUGAUGCUACUUCGAACCCUACAGGAUAACGAGAGCAAUAUACUCGGAAAUCAGCCUCAUUUAAUAGUUCCAAAGACUAACAACAAUAAUAACAGUGGUAGUGGUAUGGCCACGGUUAACGUUUUACCCCCUUACGAUCCAUCGAGGUUGAAAAAGCACGGAAAAAACGGUCAACCACCUCCAGUUGCCGUAGCUCGGAGAAAUGCCAGAGAAAGGAAUCGCGUGAAGCAAGUAAACAAUGGUUUCGCUACCCUGAGGCAACACAUACCGAAUCAUAUUGCGGCGGGAUACGGCGACAGGGGUAAGAAAUUGUCCAAGGUCGAAACUCUUCGAAUGGCUGUCGAGUACAUUCGAGGUCUUCAGAGAUUACUCGCAGAAGCUGAUGGUGUCGAGUACGAUUCAAAUUCUGCUUUGGGAUCUCAAUGUGUCCCCUCGCCUACGAGCAGCGUCGUCUCCUCAAGUCACAAUGGUUCUGGCGAGAAACUCACACUCGAGGACGACGUUCUUACGGUUGAAGACGGUGAAGAUUGUGAACAAUUGGACGAGGACGAGGAGAAUUGUAAAACUAAAAUGACACUUUCCAGACUAUCACCUAAUCGAACGGCCAUGCCGUCGCCUCAUGACUAUUAUGCGUCUUCCGUGGGCGACGAAGAGAACCUGGAACCUCGAGGUCUCUCGUCGAACGGUGCACAAAAUUACUCGCGACUUUCCCCUAAUUCCGUGGCCUCGCCACCCUCUGAGUAUUAUGGACAAAACGAGGAAAAUUUGGAACCUAGAAUUCUCUCCCCUUACAGCGGUGCCGGCGACAGCGAGGAAGGUGCUACGACCGUUUACGCGGCUAGCCCGGAAGCUUUCUCGGGGGCCCUUUAUUAUAAACAGGAGAUCGCUGAGCCUGGCGAAUUUAUGGACGUUGUCAGUUGGUGGGAACAGGAACAGGGUCGACUGGUGCAUCAUACUCAACAGCACGCUCAGAGGUUGGCACACGUGUAACUCGUAAGAUUACUUUAGUGACAAUUAGCAAGAAAAACACUGAGCGUACAGCAAUCUAAUGCGACUGAUCUCACGAAACCGAAGAAAGGAGAAAUCGCCGUGCGAUAAAAUCUCCAUCGGAAUAGUAUUAGUACUUAUCGCCAAAAGUACUUUCGCUCUCGACCACUGCCUAAACAGUCUUUCUUACUCGAUUUUUUUUAUUUUUUCAAAAAAGGAUUCUUGCAGAAAUUCAUUGCGAACAGAAUUGCAUCUUAAUUAACAGAGAAUAUCGUCAACAAAUUAAUUAUAAUUAUCGUUCAAAACGAUCAAAUUUUAACAAAAUUAUUCCUAAUAUAAUAUUGAGAGACAGACUUUUUCUUACACACUCAUACGUCUACAUACGUAAACGCUUGUUAUUGAAGAUAUUUUAUAAAAAUAUAAACUAUGUAAACACUUAAAUAUUUAUAACUAUGAUAAAGAGUGCCUUAAAAGCGUGAAUAACGUUCUGAAACGAUCAUAAUGAUCCAUGGACCAAUGAUAUUUAAAUAAUUAAAAUAUAUUAUCGAUUAAUUUCGAUUGUAUUGCCUAGUACUCAUUUCUAUUGGAGUCAUUAAAUAUUCAUCUUUUACUUUUUAACAAAUAUAUGUACAUUAAAUGUUUCUCGUUUGCCACAUAAGACUUUCAUAAAAUAGAUUUUGCUUUUAUUAAUCUAUUAUGCUGUUAAAUUGUGAGAAAGACGAUAUACAGGUUGUUUUGUUAAAGCUGGUAACACCGAGAAGAGGGUAAUUCUACAUAACAAAAUAAGUGGAAAAUGUAAAAUAAAAUCUUUUCAUAUGAUUGUUAUAUGAAUUAUUUAAAAUAUACAUUCUAUAGAACGCAUAUUUGUUCUGUUCUAAAUAACUUUCUGUGAAUGUUUCAUAGUAUUCUCGAUUUUUUCGGAAACAAAAAACAGUAUAAACAAAUUUUAUAUAUUUUUCAUUUAUUUUUAUUCCAGUAUAAUUACUCUCUACCCAGUUAACUGGAAUCAUAAAUUAACCUGUAUAUCUAAAAAUAUCGAUGACGAAAAAAUCAUUAAUGUGCGUUUUUUAAAAAAUGCGAUACACAAUCAAAAAAAUUUGUACAUAAAAGUGCCUUAAUUAAAUUGAGGAUUAGUCUUGUUAGUCUAUAAUACUAUUUUUUGUACUUGCUAUUUUAUAUGGAAUAUUUAAAACUGUGUCAUUCUAUUUAUAUAAAUAAUUAUAUUACGUUGUCCAUUGAUUAUAAUGUACAAUGUUUUAUAUAUAUAUAUAUAUAUAUAUAUAUAUAUAUAUAUAUAAGAUGAUAUAUAUUAUAUAUUUUACAACGUAUACGAAGGAAAAGUUUAACAGACAUUCUAAAAUACAAAGAACGAUAAAAUCAAAAGUUGUACAAAUUACAAUAAUCUUAUACGAGAAUUAUCAUUGACAUUAUUAUUCUCUUGACAUUAGAAAGUACCAGAUGAUAUGUAAAUACAAGUGCCUUAAUUAAGUUUUAAGAUAAGCUGUUUCAUAUACAUGUGAAAACAUUCUUUGUACUUGAUAACUUUUAUAAAAUAUUUAAAAUACAUCUUAAUAUUUAUACAAUAUUAAUUUAGGUGUCUCUUUAUAAUUCCUUGUAUAUGAAUAUAUCAAACACUAUUACGAGUAAUGUUACUCCUACGUUCUGCUCUACUUUAUUAUAUUUCAUACUUUUUUAUUUCUUUCUACGUCUUAUACUUUCUCAGUAAAAGUGCGCAAUUCUGUUAAAUCAAUGAACUAUCGAUAUUCCACAACUCUUCGAAUCAAAUAAUGUCGCCUUAACUUGACGUCUUAAUUUAUAGAUUUUGCCCUCGCUAUUUAGAAUAUGCUUUUUGUUAGUUUUUUUAGCUCUUGAAUUCUAAUCUCUGUUUAAUAUCGAUCCAAUAGAAUUCUUCGAACUGUUUAGAUGAUGACAGGAAGCACCGAUCAUUAUUAUAAGGAUCAUCAUUUUAAAUCAACAGCAAGCAAGAUCCCUUAACCUCAGGAAUUUCCACUUGCAAUGAUUUAAUUCUAUGACGCAACAUUCAUUAUUCCAAUCCAGUCAAUCAAAUAGUCAGCUCAAAAAUCUGUAAAGUCAAUAAAAUUUAAUAUUCUGUUCAUAAUCUGCGCUUGAUAUUAAAUUUUUGAUAUUUCUAAAGGUUAAUUGAUCAAGAAAAGAUCACUUUAAUUAUGCCACUAAACAUAACAAUAUCUCUUAUUUCGCUUCGCAAAAAAUUUUCUGUAUGAGACCUACAUCCAAGUUAAGUCCACGUAUAGAGAACAAAGACUCGAUACUAACCUACACGAUGAUUACCAAACGUUCCCCUAAAUUUUUACCUGUCUUUGAUGAAUAAUCAUGUUAAGCCGGAAACGUGUGUAGUACUAGCCACCGGCAGUAAUAAAGGGUGGCCAUCGAUAAUUCUGUAAUUUCGUGAAAUUGCUCUUGGUCGACCACGAAGGGAACGGUUUCUCUUCUCAUUUUCUCUCUUUCUAUCCUUCUCUCGUCUAUUGUAUCUUUCUUCUUCCCUUUCCCUCUUUGUUGUUUUUUCAUUGGCUUUCGAGGGUUAUUUUCUGAACACGUUCUAUGCAGGGGGUACUUUGCUACAUCAUUUCCGCGAGUAUUUUUCUAUGCUUCGAUGACCCAGAAAUAAAUUGUUAAUCGUUUUCUUACCCUUACGAAUAACAAAUGUUCUCUGUUUUAUAAAUUCAUGGUUAAUUCUAUUAUAGACCUAUGUCAGUAGCGACGUUCAUGAUUCUAUUUUUAUCAGUCACUUUUUUGCUUCAUUUACAUAACAUCAAUAAAAUUAUCGAAAAUUUUCCACAUUUUUUUUUCCACGUUAUCUUAAGCUAAUUAUGAAUUUUGAACACACAUUUUAUUUAUUUCCGAUUAUUCGGGAUUGUAAUGGUAAAUACAUACUUAUAGUACUAUCAUCAAAAACGUUCAUAGAAAGAG